CCCGGCCGCGGCAGGGCCGGGGCCCCGCACCGCCGAGCAGCAGCGGCCGGAGAUGGUGCUCAUCACGCCAAAGCCUCCGACACCCUUGGCUAGGGAGCAGCCUGGCCAAGGAAGGCAGCGAGGGUUUGCAGUCUGACCUGCACAGCUGGUGGGGCGAUGAAGCUGAAUGAGCGGAGCGUGGCCCACUACGCCACCUGCGACUCGCCGGCCGACCACACCGGCUUUCUGCGCAAGCGGGUGGAGCGGCACCACCACCAUGGCACCUCCUACCAGCGCCGCUGGUUCGUCCUCAAGGGCAACCUCCUCUUCUACUUCGAGGAGCGGGAGAGCCGGGAGCCCAUGGGGCUGGUGGUCCUGGAGGGCUGCACCGUGGAGCUGUGCGAGGCCGCUGAGGAGUUCGCAUUUGCCAUCCGCUUUGAUGACGCUGGUGCCAGGGCCUAUGUGCUGGUGGCUGACGGGCAGGCUGCCAUGGAGGCCUGGGUGAAGGCACUCUCACGGGCCAGCUUCGACUACAUGCGGCUGGUGGUGAGGGAGCUGGAGAAGCAGCUGGAGGAGGCCUGCAAGAGCUUGGCUGCUUGCCGUAAGUCUCCAAGGAGGUCCUCCUCCUCUGGCAGGAAGAGGCAUCUCUCCAACCCUGCCUUGCAGCCUCUCCAGGAGAAGCCCACCACCCUGGAGAAUGGCUACUCCACAUGGAGUAGUGGUGGUUGUGUCACUGGUGGAGCCACCUCCCCUGACCACGAUGGGGGGCAAACGAAGCCCCCGCCCCUGCCUCCACGCCGGCGCUCGGCCGCCAGCAGUGCCACAGGAUCCCCAUCACCUGGCCUCUCACCAGCCAUGCUGGAGAGCCCAGUGCCACCAGAAACCAUCUGCUUCUCCAAGCUGCACAACUGGUAUGGGCAGGAGAUCGCAGUGCUGAGACGGGAGUGGCAGGAGAGGCAGAAGAGGGGACACCCGUGACUGGGGGCACAGUACACAAGUCAUUGGCCAGCUGAUGCCUGGAAGCCUGUCCUGCAUGCAGGAAGAGUAAAGUGAGGGACACUGCUUGCCCCCUGCCCUCCUGAAUGGCUGAGUGUGAUGUGUGUAUGCUUCACUUGGGAGGGACUCAAAUCUCUAAACCUCACAUUUAAUUUCCACGAGGCUUUAUACAGCCAGAGAGUGUGUAACACCAGGGGAGCCACCUUUACUUAAACUCUCUCUGCUGGAAAUAGGAGCUGCCCAAAUCAGCAAUGAACCUCAGCCAACAGGCUUGGCCACUUGCUGUCCUGACACGGCGGAUGCUCUGGGUAUUUCACCCCUACCUCUCCUUCACCACUUUUUUUUUGUUGUUGUUGUUUUGUUUCUCAGUGUGGAAGUUUGCUUUUAGUCAGUACUUAUUACUGUCUGUGGUCUUGUGCCAAAGUCCUUCUGCCUUUGUUCUUUUGCUGCAGAUAAGGCUGGGCUCUCGUGAAGUGCCUCUGACAGGCCACUGGCCCUGGCGCGUGCCUCCAGCCUUGUGCCUCUCUCACUACAGGACGUGUGAGCCUCUGCAGCUGUUGCUGGCACAGCAGCUGGGGCUUUUGCAUAGUUUUUUUGCUUUCAUCUGCACUAACCCUUCUUUCAGCUAAAUCCUUCAGGAUGUGGAUAUCAUGGUCUUGCAACAGUCUCUUUAUGUGCUCAUACUCAGCAGCAAGCCUGAAAUGGAGACACAGAGCUUGGCCUGAAGCCUCAGAAGCACACCAGGAGCACCCCAGGGCUCAUCUGGACUCUGUCAAGCGGUAACCAAGCCUGCUAAUAUCUCUGGCUCAAGGUUUCCCUGUUCCUAUACAGGGAUGCUCAAGCCUCUUUGCCUGGGCAGGAGUAAAUGUCUCAGCCUUUGUUUAGACCACAGCCCCUGCAAAGUGCCAUGGAGGGCUCAGUCAGCUCAUGGGGCUGCUUGCCCAGGAGAGUGUCCAGAGCCACGCUCCUGCAGGGCCUCUCUCAGUGCUGUGGCUCUGCCCAGCUCCCGGCAGCGCUGCGCAGUUGGAGGAGAGGCUUUGAAGGGUGGGGAGGGAGAGAGGCCUGGUUCAGGAGGAGAAGUGAAGGUGUGGGAGUGAGUUAUGGCUGUUGGCAGUGUCCAGGCUUGCCUCUCCAGUGUCAGAGCCAUGUUGUUGCCUUCUACCAAGCCUGCACCCGGCCUGCUGGCGCUUCCCUCUGACUCCAUGUCAGCAUUGCUUGGCUGAUCUCUGCAGCACAUCCUGUCCUCCCAGCGGGCUGGGAGGGCUGCAGGGAGGGCAUGCCUGUCACCUCACUGUGGAAACACACUUGUCCAUCAGUAGGUCACAAACCUUGGCCACAAGGCACACGGUACAAGUAGGUGGGUGCCAAGCCCAGGGACUAGAGCACCCUUGGGACGGGGUUUAAAAAUCUCCCUUAUCUAGUUGCAUGCUUCCCAUCUGAAAACAUUUAAGCUGUUUUUAUUGUCCUUUUUUUAUUAAAGAGCUUUGCUAGGAAAGCAAAAGCACAUUUCAGAUCAUGACUGGCUGGAACCUUUCUGGCCUUAAAUACACUCAGCUUCCUACUUUGCAAUGGCCUGUAGAGAUAGCCAACACAGAAAUGAAAUUAAUUCUGUUAACUCUUGGUGCCUUUUAAAAUAUGUCUCUGGUAGUUUUGGAUUAUGAGCUUCCAGCCUCCUGCCUAAUUAUAGCUCAAUGGUAUAUUAGAGGAAAUCAGAUCUUAAAUUAGAUCUUACAAAUGACUUUGGGCAGUGAGAAUGUAACCUUCACUUGGGAGUAACACAAUCCAGUUCAUGGUUGUAUUACUUCACAGCAAGGAUCUUCAAAUUCGGGAGGAUUCUUUUUCUUCGGCUUUUGUGAAAAUAUUUCAGAAAAAUUUGGAGCAGGUGGCCAUGGGGCAAGGCCCUGGCUUCCUCAGCAGCUUAGCUGGUUGGACAUAGGGGCCAUUUCUGCCUCCCUAUUGUGCUGCUUGAAAAGUUCGGUACUGCAGCAUUCCUGGCUGCAAAUGUGUCCCUUUUCCCAUGCCAGGACAGCAGCAUCAGGGGAUUGCACUACCUGUGCCUCCUUGCUCUGAGCAUGGGUACUUUGGGACCAAGGUCAAAUUUGUUAAGCCUUUUCCUGUGGUUAUAUUUUUUUAAUGUAAUACAGAGAUAAUAUUCCUGAUGUCUCAGAUUAACAUAAGGCAGAUUGACAGUAAAGACCCAACUUCCAAAACAAAUCAAAAUGUGGUGGCAGUUCCUACGUGAGACCCAAGAAUUGGGAGUGACUUGAAAGGGAAGAUAAAUUAACAAAGCCAGUUCUGUCAGAACUGAAUCUGAGACAGUAUUAUUCAUUUAAGGGCAGUUUCACUUUUAAGAAGCUUAGUGUGUUUUAAUAAGCCAUGAUUGUGCUCGUAACACUACUAAAGAGCUUAUAUUUAAUGCUUUAAUCUGUCCCAUUCAAACAGCGCAAUUUCCACACUACCUACCUUUGCAUUAGCCCAUAUCCCAGCUAAAUCCCAAAUCCUGCAAAUGAGGCAUUGCACUCUGCUUCCCAUCUCAGUGCAUUUGGAAUCAUUCUGUGUUUUAUUCUGCAGUGCUGACAAGAAAAUGGCUGAAUCCCGAUCCACGUUUAUACUCAGCCCAGCCAUCCAUGCCUGGGCCUCUGGAUGGGCUUGAUCAGGGUUUCCUCACCCUCCCACUGUUGUAGCAGCCAUGUUGGAGCCUUGCCCAAAUUUAUGUAGGAGUACAGGUUUU